AUCUACUGGCAUUUACUGAAACACAGCACUAGUAGAGUAGAGAGAGAGAGAGAGAGAGAGAGCGCUGAGAGAGAGAGAGAGAGAGAGAGAGAGAGAGAGAGAGAGGAAGGAGAGGCCAUACAGAUACAACAACUGCAAGAAAAAGUGUCUACAACCUUACAAAACAUCGGCAAAUAAACACAGACCAUGGCUUCGGAGGAGCUGUAUGAGCUGCAACCGGGCUAUGGUGGAAGUACUGAUCAGCAUCAUUUGGCAUGGGGUAGAGCGUAUUGUGGACAAGCGGAAAAAUAAAAAAGGGAAAACGGAGUACUUGGUGCAUUGGAAAGGCUACAACAGUGAUGACGACACAUGGGAGCCCGAACAGCACCUUGUGAAUUGUGUUGAGUACAUUCACGAGUUUAACAGACUGCUGACUGAAAAGCAGAAAGACACACCUUUAAUACGAUCCACUCGAAAUUCUCCCAAUAACGCCAGGAAACAGAUCUGUCGGCCCUCAAACAGCUCAAUGUCAAAGACAUCUUCAAAAUCGGCGGGGGUGAAUAAAGAGGGUGAACCAAAAAACAAUUCCCAGCUACUAUCCAGCAACCACAAGUACCGCCGGACCACUGCACAGGCUGUUGCUGGCAGGAAAAGCAUGGACCUUGCCAAAUCUGGAAUCAAAAUUCUUGUUCCAAAAAACCCCAUGAAAAGUAGGACCAUGCUAGAGGGGUUUCAGGGUGACAGGACAGACAACCUUGACCAGAUGGAGCAGGAUCAGGACUCUGUACCGCCGGAAGUGGCUAAUGAAAAGCCUGUGGGUGCAAUGCUGGGACCAGGUGCGGAAAGAGCACGCAUGGGGACCAGACCAAGAACGCAACCUUUAGUGCCACAAGUGCAAGUGCCAGUGACCGCAGCCACUGCAUCUGCACUAACUGUUAACGGGAAAGGUGCCUCUACCUUUAUGGAAGCCUUGGCAGCCAACGGAACAGGUAGCAUCCAAACUGCAGUCACUGGAGUAACUGCAGGAAAACGAAGAUUUGAGGAAAGGCAGGCUUUUGACAAGAGGUUGCGGUUUAGUGUCCGGCAAACAGAAAGUGCUUACCGGUACAGAGACAUUGUUGUCAAGAAACAGGAUGGGUUCACACACAUUUUACUCUCCACAAAGUCUUCAGAAAACAACUCAUUAAAUCCAGAAGUAAUGAAGGAAGUCCAGAGUGCACUGAACACUGCAGCUGCUGAUGACAGUAAACUGGUUUUGCUGAGUGCUGUGGGGAGUGUCUUUUGUUGUGGUCUUGAUUUUAUUUAUUUUAUUCGGAGAUUAACAGAUGACCGAAAGAGGGAAAGUGUUAAAAUGGCUGAAACUAUUAGCAACUUUGUGAAUACUUUUAUUCAGUUUAAGAAACCUAUUAUAGUGGCUGUGAACGGUCCUGCAGUUGGACUUGGAGCAUCAAUAUUGCCUUUAUGUGAUGUGGUUUGGGCAAAUGAGAAGGCCUGGUUUCAAACACCAUAUACUACGUUUGGGCAGACUCCAGAUGGGUGUUCAUCUCUCACAUUCCCUAGGAUAAUGGGGCUGGCUUCUGCUAAUGAAAUGCUCUUAAGUGGAAGGAAGCUGACAGCACAGGAGGCGUGUGCUAAAGGACUGGUUUCCCAAGUGUUUUGGCCUGGAACGUUUACUCAGGAGGUGAUGGUGCGCAUUAGGGAGCUAGUCGCAUGUAAUUCAGUUGUACUCCGAGAAUCCAAAUCUCUAGUCCGAAAUGCUAUGAAGGGAGCCUUGGAACAGGCUAAUGAAAAGGAGUGUGAAGUUUUAAAACGAGUCUGGGGUUCUGCCCAGGGAAUGGACUCCAUAUUGAAAUACCUGCAGAAAAAGAUAGACGAGUUUUAAGUGACAUGCACAGUGGCACUGGAGGUACCUCAGUUAGCAGAACACCCAUGUGGCUUACAGAUGCCCUUGUUAUUUUUUAGUCACAUAAUAAACUGAACCUGGCUGUUGUGCAAGCUUUCGAAUUGAGUUUUGCAAGCAAAGAACUGAAACACACCCUCUCAGCAACUUCUCCUGGAAUAUGAUAUUAAUUUGUCUUUGUGCGUUGGGGGGGGGGUGACACACACACACACACACACACACACACACACACAAAAGGAAAUGAAAGAAAAUGGAUAACGGCCACUCCUCUCCCACACUGCCCAAAGAUCGGCAAAGUGGGGAUUCAGCACCUAUGCCUUUGUCUUGAAAGUGCAUUGUGUUAUAAAAAAAAAAAAAAAAAUGCAUGGUGUUAUAAACCAUAAAUCAUAGUGAAACUAACCAACAGAUCCCAAUGUCUGAUAACUUUGGUAAAUGUGCCCUUUGAACAGUUUAGCUCUUUGCAGAUGUGUACUCACAUGAGUUGUCACACUAGAUGCUUGUUCUUUUGGAACCUUUGGUACCAGUUCUUACCCGGUAAGUGUUAGAUAAAUAGGAUGAAAGCAACUUAUUUAAGUUUUAUCUAGUUUUAGGGUUUUUUUUUUUUUUUUUUUUUCCA